AUGUUACGAGGUCGUGGAACUUCUUUGCUGGAGAUUACUACAUGUAAUAAAAAAAAAUUCAAUUUUAAACUCGUAUACAGCGAACGAGUGGAGAAGAGUUUCAGGGUGCGCCUCAUGUGUGGAAGUCGCGGUACUUAUCCUAAUGAUGACAACGUUAAAAUGUUGCUGGAAUGCUUUACAAAGAAUGAAAACGACGCUAAUUCUAUGAUUAAUUCUCAAAACAUUGAAGAUUCAGAUCCUCUUCAUGACAUCACUCGAACGAUCGCGAUCGCUUUUGAGAAAGACAAGAAAAUUCUUUUCAUUGAACAUCGAGCUGAAAUGCAAACAAUUUGA